CAACCAACCAGCUGAAAGAGAACGAGCGAUCAGGGCUGUUUGAACGUGGCAGGGAGAAAAGGAGGGAGGAGGGAGAGAGCGUGAGAGAGAGAGAAAGAGAGAGAGGGUGAAAUCGAUUGUCAGAACCAAGGAAAUAGAAGUGUUACUAUUGCACGGCCACUGGAACGGUGUCUGCCAGCUGAGGAUAUGCAUUGGCUCCCAGCGCUCACCGGCUCACGGGACACACUCUAAAAUCCAGCUGCUGGAUUUUCCCCUUCUUUUAUAACUGCUAUCAUUCUCUCCAUUUACAAAGGAGGGAUCUACAAAUAAAGGCAACCACAGCAAGACAUGUGUCUCUGGGGAUGAUGCCGUUGCCGCUGGUGCCACUCUCCCUGUCGCCAUGACGAUGCCGCUCAGCCCCCUCUCCAGCGACGAGGAGCAGCAAAGGAUGCUGGGAAACAGUCAACACCUUUAUCCAGGGGCGGAAGAGGAAGAGGAGGAGGAAGAGGAAAUGGACGAUGAUGGCAUGGACGAGGAAGGUGAGGAGGAGAACGGAGAGCUGGAGAUGGACGAUGAAGAGGAAGUGGACGAUGAAGAUGACAUCAGGCGAGGACCAGGGCAUUUGAGAGGAGGCAGGGAAGAGGGGCACAGGCAAAAAGGCACAAUGGCUGGACGACUCCCAGGAGACAGACCCAUUCGACCCGGCAACCCGGGCCAUGCGGCCAACCCUUAUUCGUCCAAUCCUGGACCAACCCACCAAACGUCAACCAAUCAGCAGCAGCAGCAACCGCAGAGGAAGCUACGAGAGCGGAGCUCCAGCAACGCACCUGACGACACACACGUAGCUCUGAUGGUCUUUCGAAUUGGCAUUCCUGAUAUUAAACAGACGAAAUGUCUGAGGUUCAACCCUGAUGCAACCGUAUGGAAGGCGAAGCAGCAGGUGAUGUGCAGUCUGACUGAGUCUCUGAGGGAUGUUUUAAACUAUGGUCUUUUUCAACCUGCCACUGACGGGCACGAUGCCAAGUUCCUGGAGGAGGAGAGGCCGCUCCGCGAGUACCCACAAUCCUUUGAGAAAGGAGUACCUUACCUGGAGUUCCGAUAUAAAACCAGGGUGUACAAACAGACAAAUCUAGAUGAGAAGCAGCUGGCCAAACUACAUACUAAGGCCAGUCUGAAGAAGUUCAUGGACUACAUCCAGACCAGCGCUGUGGAAAAGGUAGCCAAACUUAUUGAUAAAGGACUUGACCCCAACUACCACGACCCUGAUACAGGAGAGACUCCACUCACUCUGGCCGUACAGACGGAGCCGGGCGGAAGUGAGAUCAUCAGGGUGCUGGUGAUGGGUGGAGCCCACAUUGACUUUAGGGCGAGAGAUGGCUUGACCCCUCUGCACAAGGCUGUCAGAGCACAUGCACACACUGCCCUACUGACGCUGUUGUCUUUGGGGGCGUCUUCUGAUUAUAAGGACAGCCGUGGGCUGACACCACUGUACCACACUGUGCUGAUAGGGGGCGACACCUCCUGCUGCGAGACCCUGCUAUACCACAGAGCCAGGCUGGGGCUCCGCGAUGAGAACGGCUGGGAUGAGACACAUCAGGCGUGUCAAAAUGGGAACUCUCAACAUUUAGAGCACCUGCUUUUUUAUGGUGCAGACUCCUCAUCCCAGAAUGCCUCAGGAAACACUGCCCUGCACAUAUGUGCUUUAUAUAACAAGGAGAGCUGUGCCCGCAUCCUGCUUUAUCGAGGAGCUAAGAAGGACACAAAGAAUAACAGUGGGCAGAACUCCUUCCAGGUGGCUGUGAUGUCUGGCCAUUUUGAGCUUGGAGAAAUAAUUAAAAACCACCGUGAAUCAGAUGUAGUCCCCUUUUUGGAGUCUCCUAAAUAUGCCCCGCAAAGGAGGGAGAGCUCACGGACACUUGGACUGCCUCAUCCGCACCCCUUUUUACGGGCCAACAGUGAUAACAGCAUGAAUGUGCCAGACUGGAUUGCCUUUCCCAAUGCUGCAGGAUCAAGCAUCGUCUCUGUACAGGGUCUAAAGCAUGGCGGCACCUUACGUAGCUCCAGCAGUCCCCGUGGAGCCCGAACACGUUCCCCAUCUCGUGGCCGAACAGGUGACCGGGACGAUCGGAGCCGGCAAACACGUGGAAGACAAGGAGCGGGAUCCAUCAGUAGUCAGGGCACAGCCAGCGGGCAGCGGCGGCGUCUCUACAGCGCCGUUCCUGGCCGAGUUUUUGUUGCCACUCGCUCACACUCGGCCCAGGGUGACCGCGAAAUCAGCUUCAACAAGGGAGACAAAGUCAAAGUGCUGAGUGUGGGUGAAGGAGGCUAUUGGGAAGGGACGGUUCGAGGACGCACAGGCUGGUUCCCCUCAGACUGCGUGGAGGAAGUUGCUCUCCGUAGCCUGGAAUCUCGUUCAGAGAGCCGCAGUGAGAGAGCCAAGAGACUCUUCCGGCAUUAUACUGUUGGAUCCUACGACAGCUUCGAUGCGCCCAGUGACUACAUAAUCAAGGAGAAGACAGUCCUCCUGCAGAAAAAAGACAAUGAAGGUUUUGGCUUUGUGCUGAGAGGAGCCAAGGCUCAGACCCCUAUAGAAGAGUUCACUCCCACCCCAGCCUUUCCAGCACUGCAGUACCUUGAGUCUGUCGACGAGGGAGGCGUGGCCUGGAGAGCUGGUCUGCGAAUGGGAGACUUCCUUAUAGAGGUGAAUGGUCAGAAUGUGGUUAAGGUGGGACACAGGCAGGUGGUCAAUAUGAUCAGGCAAGGCGGUAACAGUCUCAUGGUCAAGGUUGUCAUGGUUACUCGAAAUCCUGAUAUGGAGGAAGGGGUCAGAAAGAAAAUCCCACAGCAGAGUAAAAGACUGAGCACACCGGCUAUCGCUCUGCGCUCCAAAUCCAUGACAUCAGAGCUGGAAGAGAUGGUGGACAGAGCCUCUGCCCCAUGGAAAAAAAAAUCAGAGUUCGAAUCUUCACAAGCUACAGAGAAGAAGAGGACAGUUUAUCAGAUGGCUUUGAAUAAACUGGAUGAGAUUUUAGCAGCAGCACAGCAGACCAUUAAUACAAAUGAGGCUCCAGGGCCCCGGGUUCAGGGGGUAAAAAGAGAACGGGGCAGAGGCUUUUAUAAUGAGCCAAAUUUCGACCAAACUGGAAUGGGGAUGACAUCAUCUGGGGCAGGGUUAGGCUACGACCGUGGUCAAUUUGUGUCUGGCCAUGGCCCCCCGCACGGUAUGCUGCGACAGAAGUCUAUCGGGGUUCCUGAGGAGGAGAAGCAGUUUCUUCAUCCUCCAGCCAUGAAGUUUGCCCGUAGUCUUUCAGUACCUGGCCCAGAUGAAAUCCCUCCUCCACCUACUACAGCACCCCCUGAGCCCCCUUUUUCCUCAGCUCCUCCGCUUGGCUUUAGGGGCAAGACAUCUCAACAGCCGUCUGUUUCUAUGUCUCAGUCUACUUCCUCUGCUGCACAUUAUCAACUCUACUCACAGUCAGUACAUGUUACUCACGGACCAAGGGACAGGUCCCCUGGACCACCUACUGGGUCUGGAACUGGGGACCUUGCUUAUUCCCAUGCCCAAGCCCACCCCUCUGUACCAAGUAGGACUGCCUCCAGGAAGGUGAUUGGGUACACAGGAGAUCUUGCAGGGGCUGGAGGAGUGGCUGGGGCCAAAGCUGCAGCAUUGAGAAGGGGUUACAGCAAUGCAGUCCCACCCACCAGUGUCGCUACUGUGAUUCCACAACAGCAGCAGACUACUCAGAACCAACCUUCCAGAAUGGACCGGAGUGGAAUGGGGGUAGGGGCUGGUGGUGUACCAAAAGGCGGUGCUCGUAGAGGAAAGGGGCCCUUGGUGAAACAGUCAAAGGUGGAAGACCUGCGUCAAGGUCAAGACACUCUAGAAGCAAAGGUGUCAGUGGAGAAGAGCUCUAUUCCAAUCCCAACUAUCAUUGUUAAAGCCCCUUCCACCAGCAGUAGUGGACGCAGUAGCCAAGGCAGCAGUGUGGAGGCUGAACCACCGCCCCCAGGAGAAAGUGACAGUUCUAAACCAGAACCUGUUGUUCCCCCACCUGCACCAACCGUGCCACCACCAGCCCCUCCAUCUAUACCUGCUCCUCCACCCCCAUCACUGCCAUCACUUCGUACUCAAGAGAGUCUGGACUUCACCAGCCAGUUUGGUGCUGCCAUUGUAGGGGCAGCUCGCAGGGACAGAGAACGAUUUCAUGAAGCACGACGCAAGAGUGCCUCCUUUUUUCUUUCUGCUGAGGAAGAGUUGAGUGGAGCUGGAGGAGCAGGAGGGCGGACUCAGACUUCUCAACAGCAGCUGAGUUCCCAGCCUUCACCACGCCUGCGACCAUCCAAAUCUAUAGAUGAAGGCAUGUUCUCAGGUGAUACUUUUAUCCAUCACACACGCAGUAUGCCUCCUGCAUUUGGCUUGCCUGAGUACUCCUCACCUGCUCCUCAAGGGGAUUACCAGCCUAAGUCUGUACCUGCUGACUUCUAUGGGGCAGGAUCCAGACAACAGCAGCAGCAGCAGCAGCAGCAAGCCCCCACCACAACUUUUAUUCACCCACUAACUGGAAAAGUACUGGACCCUUCAUCCCCUCUAGGCUUGGCUUUGGCUGCACGGGAACGUGCCUUGAAGGAUGAUGGACGUAUACGUAGGGAAAGGACCACUGAACAUCAUUUUACCCGUCAGUUGUCAAGCAUUGGGGCCUUUUCCUCAUCCACUUCACAGCCAACAUCACACAUUUCCUACCCAAUGGCCUCGUCUUCCUCUGCAACCUCCUCUGCUGCUCAAUCCACAAACACCUCUUCAUAUCUUGUUACCUCCUCAUCAUUAGCUGCCACCACCACAUCCACUCGGCCUCCAUCUCCUAGGAUCCUGCGUGGAGCAGGGAGUAGCUGGAGUGAAGAAGCUGGGGUUGGAGAGCGUGCGGAUAGGGAAGCAGCUGGCACCUCUGCUCCCAGAGAAGGCCUAAGGGUUCGUUUCUCCGAGGAUAAAACUGUCCACACACACCACUAUCAAUCUCAGCAAUAUCAGCCCACCUUUAAAGAGCGUGAAAGAGAACGUCAAAGAGAGAGGUCAAGAGAAAGAGAGAGGGAAAGAGAGAGGGAAAGAGAAAUAGAAAAAGCUCAAACCCAGUAUCAGCAACAGUCAUCACAACCAAUGACCCAGCAGCCUCGACGCCCCUCAUUCUUGAGGAUGGAGAGUGAAGCUGGAGCGUACAUUCUUUCAUUAACGCCUCCAUCUCCUCCUCCAACAGCAGCCCCUAUGCGUCCUACAGCAGGAGCCACAGGUGAAAGUGGAAGUGGUACAAGCCUGAUGGUUCUGCCUCCCCCAGCUCCCUCAGUAGAUGCAGAUGAUGAGUUUGUGUUUGCUGAUCCUCUUCCUCCACCUCUAGAGUUUGCCAAUAGUUUUGAUCGUGGUUUGGGUUACUCUGCGAUGAUUUCUCACAAUGUUGCAGCCCGUCAGCAGCGUCAUCCUCCACCACCCCCUCCCCCACCACCCCCGCCCACUUCGAAAGAUUCCUUUAUGACAGGCUUUCCAGCUCACACACCCCUACCGUCACCUCAGGCAGGAGAUUCCACAACUUCCAGUCUUACCUCCUAUGACAGUGAGGUUGCAAACCUAACACAAUCUGCCCCAUCGCCCUCCCCAUCUUCUCCCAACCCACUACCACCUCACUCCCCCUCCACCCUUCAGACAUCUGGACCACCUCCACCUCCCUCUGUAUCACCUCCUCCACCACCCAACAGCUACCAUAGACCUUUUGGCUUAUCUCAGUCACAACAUUUAUACAACAGUACACACACAACUGGACGCUCCUCCUCUCCCACCCCACCUCUCUCUAUUCCAGCUCCACCUGCCUACCGGGGGCCACCAACAGCAUCAUCCACCCCUGCAACUUCUGUAUCAAUCAGAGGUGCCUCAACUGUGACCGCAAGCUGUUCCACAACUGCUUCUACAACUGUCACCUCUCCUAGUACUACUGCUGCUGCCACACCACACACACGCAUAGCAACUGUCUCCACAGUAGCUACAGGGGGUAGUAGGCGUCCCAGUGCAGAGCAUCAUCCACCACCUAGUGCAACCAAGAGUGGUGAGUCCCAGGAGACAGUGGUAGAUUCUGGGAUUGAGGAGCUGGACAGCCGAAGCAGCAGUGAUCAUCACUUAGACAGCAUUCUUGCACUCAGUGGUAGUGGGGUCAGAGAGAGGUUGGAACGAGCAGGGAUGAGUAGCAUAGGUGGAAUUGGAGGGAGAGAUGGUGCAACUGAGGUUGACAGGACAAGUGGGGCAGACUUUUUAGAGUCUUACAUGAGCUACCUUGAUGGGCAGACUUUUGAAAUGCACAAUGCCAAAGCCGCUAGCACUGCAUCCACCUACCCAAAAACACAGAGGUACAGAGAAGGCACCCGGGCUGGAGAUCUUCGACGCCAGACCAGCACAGCACCUCCUGCAUACCACCGUCGUAGAGAGGAGGAAGAGGAAGAGGAUGAGGCCGAGGAGGUAGAGGAGGAGGAUUUGAGUGCCCGUGAUGGCUAUGGGAUGAGGGAAGGGCCAGGGAUUGCUCGCUCCUCUGUAAUGUACUUUGACCGGCCCCGCACUCCAGAGAUAAAACCACUGUGGGGAGAUGGGUCGACUGGAGCAUCACAGACCAUGGGGGAGGGAGGGGGCCAGAUAGUGGGAACAUAUGUGGAGCCACGUAAACUACAUCCUCCCAUGACUGGUAUGAAAGCAAACAUCAUUAAUGAACUAAGCACCAAAUUACAGCAGAGAAGUAAAGGAACAGAGAACUGGGGGGCCCAGAGAUCAUUGAGCAGACAUAGACACAGGUUCUCAGAGGACUCAACAGGUGCACUGAGUCCUCCCUCUGUCCGCUCUAGCUCCCCAUCUCCAGUUCAGCUCUCUCAGCCUGCCUUGUCUCCCUCUCCCACUCCUUCCUCCCAGCCACUUUACUCAAACUGGGCUCGAUCUCCUUCCCCUCAGCCCCCUGCUGCCUCAUCCCAGCCCCCUCCCCGAUCCCAUUCACCUGUUUCCCCUUCAUCAUAUUCACCAUACCCCACCUCACCCAAACACCGGCCUGUUUAUCGCACCAAAGCUCUGGAGUUCCAAUUUAUUCCCAGUCGAGAGUCACGAAAGUCAGAGUCGCAUCAUGCCCAGCGCAGACGAGCACCCAGCCCUUUAAUUUCUCCAUCUGACCGUCCCAAGCUUGGCCCUCCCCGCCCCUCUUCCCUUCCUAUUCUCCCCACUACACCCCUCUAUAGCAGCCUGUAUGACCUUCGUGGUUCUAUUACUCCACCCUCACCUGCCAAUCCCCUUGGGGACCCCUACUUUUCCCCCUCCCCCCCUCUAUUUGCCCCCUCGGGUGCUCCCCCUCCUCCAAAUUCCUCUCUGGUGGUCUCACGGUCCCUGUCACCCACUCACUUCCUGUCAGGGACUUCAUCCCCACCUCUCCACCCCAUUCCUCCACCCACUUGCCUGAGUUACCCCCAUCUUCCACCCCCCUCACCCACAAAGCCCUUUGCCUCAAAACCUCUCCCAUACUGGACCAAGUAUGAUGUUGCAGAUUGGCUGGGCUACCUGAACCUGGGUGAACACAGGGAGCGAUUCUUAGACAAUGAAAUUGAUGGCACGCACCUGCCCUCUCUUACCAAGGAUGACUACCUGGACCUGGGUGUGACCCGAGUUGGCCAUCGCAUGAACAUAGAGAGGGCGCUCAGGAGAGUUAUGGACAGGCUGUCUUCUAGCACUUUCCCCAUUUCUGCUCUCUCUCCUCGAAAUGGACGGACAAACAGAAGGAGAGAUGAGGCCAACCGGAGUUGAGAGAACAGGAAAGAUGAGGUGACAACUGCUGCCAUCAGAGAUUAUUCCCUGAAUGAAGAAUAAAGCAGGAUGAGGUGACUUUGAAAUCAGACUGCCUGCUUAUGAAUGGAGAGAUACAGAAGAGAGUUGACGGCCUGUCUGAACUGUGAACACGCCUGCGCUUACAUGUGUGAUUCAGUCAACGAAAACAUAACCACCCACAUACACAUCCGCAUGUCAACCUCUGAACAAAAUACACUUAGUUUGAGCUUGCAGGCACUCACAAGGUGGUCAAAUUGGAAUUAACUGAACAAAUCACAUAGGGGGAUCUAUCUCUGUAGGAUUAAACAUGUUCACAACAUGAGAAGGUAACAUACUACAUAACUGAGCCAAAUAAUUUGAGGGAAACAAUCAAAAUGGUCUUAUCUUUUCUGUUUUUCUUUUGGAAGAGAUAGGGAGAAAGAGAGAUAUUGAAACCUCCUUUGCUGUCUUUCUCUUUUUCUCAGAUGUUGAGCUGAGUCUAGAACUGACAAACAUUUACUAAGGGUAUCAUUUUUAGAGCAGGUUCAAUGGAGACCAUUGCUGGAAGGACAAGUACUGACAAACCUCCUGUCUGGCACGACUAGGGAAGCCCUUAAAAUAGAGGUCAAUUUUAUGGCAGGCACUUAUUUGGUAAGACUGUGUUGAUGCGUGGGUUCCUGUUGUUUGUGUAUGAGUGUGUGCGUGUGUGUACAUGAUAAUGUGAAAGGUUAUCACUAGAGGCAUGACCGUGAUUUGUUAGCCUAUGUGUUUUUACCUCACCAGUGGAGGAUUCUAUUUUGCCAAAGCCAAAUUGAGGCUUGUGCUUAUCUUAUAUUUCACUAGAAAUUCUUUACCUUCUCAUGUCUUAUAAUGAAAUUCUAUAUAUAUGAAAAAAAAAAAAUAUAUAUAUAUAUAAAUAUAUACAGACUGGUCACUGUAUUACAAACCCGUAGCAAAAAUAAGUGCCCAGACCAACAGAAAACACACAUAAAUACUCUACCACAUACAAACAUACACACAGUACAUUCUCAGAUUACUGAUAUAUAAAUAUAUAUACACACUACAACCAUGUCUUUUAUUUAUAUGACACAUAAUGGGACACAGUAAAAUAUCUAUGUACGGAAACAAGAUGACGAUCAAAAUACGCAAAAAAUCUUUUAACGAAGGAUGAUACAACAUUGUAAAAAGAAAAGUAUAUAUAUAUAUAUACACACACUGCAAAUUUAUCAACAUUUUUACCAAUGACUGUCAAAAUAUAGAAGUAACUACAACUUCAACGAACCUAUCCACGAUAUCAAGGCUCCAUUUUAAAACAGGAGACAGCAUGGAGAAGAGGGAGAGGAAAAACCAAACUGCCUGUAUUUCUCUUUUUCCAAGUCACUCUCCCUCUCUUCUUCCAAAAAUCAAAACACUUUCUAUGGAGGCGAGGCAGGACGAACAUGCACUCAGACAUGGGUGAGGGAUACGUGCUAAUCUGUUUUAAUACAACGAUUGUUCCUAUAACAAUUUUUAAACUCUAAAUGGGUCUGGAAUUCUAUUGUUGAGUUAACAAGAGAUGAUGUUAUUUAUUGCAGUCAUUGUUCUCAUGGUCCUUGCUGUUAUCUCUACAAGCUGCAGUGUUUCUUGUUUGUUUCUGCUGGGAUGCUGUUUAUGCUUGACUUUGUUUUUGUUUUGUUUUUUGUUUUUGAGUGACCACAUGCAAUGUGUUCAAUCCUUUUGUACCUCUAGGAUUUUACUUAGAAACAAGAUUUCAUAUCUCACAAUGUCCCUCACCCUAUUGCUUCCCCCUUUCGAAACACAAUUGUGACAUUGUGACAUUGUAUGCAAGGACUAUCAAGGAGUUUAUUGUCUGUGACCAUAUAUUUACCCUUUACAUUCAUAUUCCCUUCCACAAACUUAUAAGUAAAUCUAGUGACCUCCAGCCCUCAUCUCCAACACCACAAAUAGUUGCUCAAUCAAUUAAAAGGGCUCCUCAUCCUUUUAGACAUACUUCCUUUUAGUCAUUACUUUCAUCCAAAACACCGACGCCUUCACUCUUCUUACUUUCCUGUCUGUCUCUCUUUCAGAACCAUCAGUAAAGAUCUCAUCCCCUCCAUCUCCAUAUCUUUCAUCUGUUCAUCUUCUAAGAGUGUGGCAUCUUCAUUCAUCAUACUGCUCACUUUACCUUACUCAUACUGGACAAAAAGAUUGAGGAACUAAUUGUAUUUUUUUUUAUAUGUUUAAAUCUGGUAAGUAUAGUGAUGUUGAUAACAGUAAGGACAAUGAAUGAAAUUAUUAUUCUGAGAUGGAAAAAAAAGGAUUCCGAGUUUUAAAGAAUCUCUGUCUUCCAAAUGUUUAACAUGAGUUUUAAUGUGUAUUGGAAUCAUGCUUUCUACACAUCCUGUGUCCCCUGUUGUCUCAUCUUUCCACAGUUCAUCGAAUUGAUUCACAUCAAACGCGGCUGGUGUUGUACCCUGAUGACUGGUAAAUACCCUCACUUACCUGUAUUGUCCACUAGGUGGAGUAAAAACACAGUUCUCUUCCCUAGUUAGCGUCUGAAUGAAAGAUUGGACCAUGGCAAAAAAGAUAGGACAUUUUGGUCUUUCUAAGCCCUCAAGCUCCACACGCCAUAUUUUUAACAUCUUCUUAUAACUGUUAUCCAUAAUACACGAACAUUGAAGAUCACAUGGCCAAUAGAGUCUGGACAGUGUGGGACGGGAUAGAGCUCACAGGUCAAACACACGAGCAGUUAUGCAGUAGCCGUCCAGGGUGUGCAGAAAGCAUCUCUUUUUUUUUUUCUUUUAAAAUGAAGAAAUUAUGAACACAUAAGAGGUUAUUUACAGAAUAUAUGUGUAUGCGAUUAUACCUAUUCAAAUACACAUAUGAAAAUGUUUUAAGAAAUGAAUAAAGGUUAUUAGAAUUAUAAUAAAAGAUGCAGGAAUUACUUUGA